CGUUGGCAAGCGUGGCACUUGAUUGACGAUUCGCUGUGUAGGAUACGGAAUACGUGUACGUGGUACGUGUUUUGUGUAAUGUGGAAUGGAAUAUAGUUGCCAGGAUAUCAAACGUCGCCUUACACAUCUGUAAUUCAAGAUUAAUUUCGACUUCAAGGCGCUGAGAAACCGUUGUUCAGAAUGGUACUCAUCGCUGCUGCCGUAUGCACAAAAGCGGGCAAGACUAUCAUCUCUCGCCAAUUUGUGGAGAUGACAAAAGCAAGGAUAGAGGGUCUGCUCGCUGCAUUUCCCAAGUUAAUGAGUACUGGAAAGCAGCAUACAUUCGUUGAGACUGAAUCUGUGCGAUAUGUUUAUCAGCCCCUUGAAAAACUCUACAUGCUGCUAAUCACAACGAAGGCUAGCAAUAUUCUUGAAGAUCUGGAAACACUCAGACUUUUUGCCAGAGUGAUUCCAGAGUACUGUAAAUCGAUGGAGGAGCUGGAAAUAGCGGACAAUGCUUUCAAUCUGAUAUUUGCAUUUGACGAAAUUGUUGCCCUGGGUUACAGAGAGAGUGUAAAUUUGGCACAGAUUAGAACUUUUGUAGAGAUGGAUUCCCAUGAAGAAAAAGUAUACCAAGCAGUAAGGUUAACCCAGGAGCGAGAGGCAAAGAACAAAAUGAGGGAAAAGUCCAAAGAACUCCAGAGGCAAAGAAUGGAAGCCAACAAAAAAGGAGGAAUCAAGGGGCCUGGAUUUGGAGGUGGUUACGGCUUUACAUCGACUCCGACUGUCGGCGAUUCUGCCAAUUUUGUGCCAGAGCCUGUGAAACCUGCAUACACAGCGCCACAAAAACCAGUAUCAUCAGGUCCACGUGCCAUGAAACUCUCUGGGAAAUCACGCGAUGUUGACUCUUUUGUGGACCAACUUAAGGAGGAAGGUGAAAACGUUAGUACUCCACUACUUGCACCCGUGGGAGUCAAAGCCUCUCACGUAUCUCCACAAAUCAUCAACACAGAGCCGGUGCACUUGAGACAAGAAGAGCGCUUGAUCGUUCGUGUGGGUCGUGAUGGAGGAGUUCAACAUUUGGAACUCUACGGACUAGUUACUCUACAUAUCUCAGAUGAGAAAUGGGGCUGCAUUCGCGUACAGCUGGAAAACAAAGAUACACGUGGAGUCCAGCUGCAGACACAUCCCAACGUUGACAAAGAACUGUUCAGGACUCGUGGCCAGAUAGGACUCAAGAACCCUGGAAAACCUUUCCCCCUGAACACGGACGUUGGGGUAUUAAAGUGGCGCUUGCAAGCUCAAGAAGAAUCUGCUCUACCUAUUUCUAUAAAUUGUUGGCCAUUUGAGAACGGGGAGGGUGGCUGUGACGUGAACAUCGAAUAUGAAUUAGAACAAGAUAAUCUUGAGCUGAGUGACGUUCAAAUAAACAUUCCUCUACCAAUAGGAGGCAACCCAGUUGUGGGAGAAUGCGAUGGACAAUAUACACAUGAAGCACGAAGAAAUAUCCUGGUAUGGUCAUUGCCUUUGGUCGACUCCUCGACUAAGUCUGGAUCCAUGGAGUUCUCCGUCCAAUCAGCUACCCCUGCAGAUUUCUUCCCCCUUCAAAUCUCUUUCUCUUCGAAAACUCCGUAUGCAAAUAUUAAGGUCAACGAAGUACUCUUGGUCGAGGACGAUAGCCCUGUCAAGCAUUCCGUAGAUACAGUGUUCUUCACCGAGAAUUAUGAAAUAGUUUAGAGCAGUGAACACAUACCUAAUGUAUAGGUCAUUAAUCAAGAAAAAGGUAAGCAAAACAGAGUACGAUGAUUGAAUCACUUUUCGCAUCGAUGCGAUAUUUUCUCGCGCAUGUACAAACCAAUAAAACUAUGCCUCAGCCUUUGAUGAGAGGCAAGAUUCUCCAUCUUA